GAGAGAGAGAGCGAGAGAGCAAAGGGAGUGGCAGACGCUGACAAAUCUCAUGCCGGGAAGCCGACUGAGCCAUCCCUGCACAUCUGAAGUUCGCCGGCGCCGACUUCUUCAUAAUUCACAGGAUUUGGACUUCAUAAGUCCCGCAGGUAGAAUGGAGAGGGAUAUCCGCCAUCCUCACAUUUAGUGCCUCAAAAGGAAAAAAAUAAUAAUAAUAAGCUGCGAAACUUGAAGUUUCUCCAGUGGACAUAAUGAACAUGCUGAAGUCCAGCGGCUUGAAGAUCCCUGGCAGGGGUCCUAAACAAUCCAGUCCAGUGGGACGAACAACUGCUGGCCCAUCAACCAGUCUUGCGGCUCAAAAAGACAGUUGUCCCUACAAGCAGACGACUCCCACCCCCUGCAGCAACGCCUCAGACAAGUCCAGCUCCAAAGCCUCUGAGGUGGGUGAUGAGGUGGCUGGGGACUUUGUGGUUGGUGAACGUGUAUGGGUGAACGGAGUCAAACCAGGAGUCAUCGCCUAUCUUGGAGAGACCCAGUUUUCCCCGGGACAAUGGGCUGGAGUGGUGCUGAAUGACCUGGUUGGAAAAAAUGACGGCUCCGUCAAUGGGGUGCGUUACUUUGAGUGCCAGGCUUUGCAGGGCAUCUUCACCAGGCCUUCCAAGCUCAUGCGGCAACCCAUCGGAGACGGGAGCGACGAGCAGCAGCAGAACGCACAGCUGCAGGGAGGUGCGGGAGCAUCCGGCCAGCGUGUGGUCAUGCCGCUCAGAGAAGGCAUGCUCAACAGCUCCGUCAAAACCGGCAACGAGUCAGGAUCCAAUAUGUCUGACAGUGGAUCUGUGAAGAAAGGGGGAGAAAAGGACCUUAAGGUCGGAGAUCGAGUGCUGGUUGGCGGAACUAAAACAGGAGUAGUGCGUUAUGUGGGAGAGACUGACUUUGCCAAGGGCGAGUGGUGUGGAGUGGAGCUGGACGAACCGUUAGGGAAAAACGAUGGAGCUGUAGCUGGAACCAGUCGAGUGUUUCAUUAUACUGUUAUCACAAUAAACCAUGUGUCCAUGUUAUCACUAUGCACCUCUGAACUUCCUCUGCUCUCUCCUCAGGUUGGCGGAACUAAAACAGGAGUAGUGCGUUAUGUGGGAGAGACUGACUUUGCCAAGGGCGAGUGGUGUGGAGUGGAGCUGGACGAACCGUUAGGGAAAAACGAUGGAGCUGUAGCUGGAACCAGAUAUUUCCAGUGCCCGCCUAAGUUUGGCCUCUUUGCUCCAAUUCACAAGGUGAUCCGCAUUGGCUUCCCAUCCACCAGUCCAGCUAAAGCUAAGAAGAGCAAGCGUAUGGCAAUGGGUGUGUCAUCUCUGGCUCACAGCCCCUCCAGCUCCUCCAUCAGCUCUGUCAGCUCUGUGGCCUCCAGCGUGGGGGGGCGACCCAGUCGCACUGGCCUGCUGACGGAGACGUCGUCGAGGUAUGCGCGGAAGAUCUCGGGGACCACAGCUCUGCAGGAAGCCCUGAAGGAGAAACAGCAGCACAUAGAGCAGCUCCUGGCCGAGAGAGACCUGGAGCGGGCCGAGUUCGCCAAGGCAACCAGCCAUAUCUGCGAAGUGGAAAAAGAGCUGACGGCACUGAAGGCCCGACAUCUGCAGUAUGCAACAGAGGCAGAGAGCAACCUACAGCAAGUCCGAGCCCUGCUGGCAAGCACACAGAAAGACAAAAUGGAACUGGCCAAUCAGCUUGAAGAAGAGAGAAGGAAGGUGGAAGAUCUUCAGUUCAGAGUUGAGGAAGAGUCCAUUACCAAAGGAGACCUGGAGGCCAGAGGCAGGCUCCAGCCAACACCCAUGAGGCUGGGCAAGAGUGUCAAGCAAACUACAGUUGAGGAGAAGAGUCGUGUUAUGCAGCUGGAAGAGGAAUUGGCGUUGCGCAAGGCUGAGGUUGAGGAGCUCCAGGCUCGGCUUCAGAGAGGCUCCUCCGGUCCAGGCACAGACGCUGGAGACAGCAAACCAGGCAUAAGCUCAGAGACUCUAGUUUUGCGAGAACAGCUUCUCUCUGCAGGUCGUGAACGCCGUGAAGAGAGCAACCAGCUGCGCGAGAGGUACGAAGCAUCUUUGAGCAGCAGCCAAAAAGAAGUUGAACACCUUAAAGCCACCACAGAACGUCAGGGCCAAGAGAUCUCCGACCUGAAGCAAAGACUUCAGCAAGCCACUCGUGAAAACAUGGAGAUGAUGGACAGCUGGAAAGCCAAACUUGACACUUUGGUCGGAGACCAUAAACGAGCUCUAGAGGAACUAAAAGCCUCGCUAACAGGAGAUCGUGAGACCAGUGGAGCAGAGGGGGAAGGAACCAGACCUGAGAUGAGAGUAGCUCUAGAGAGCUUAAAGAUGGAGCAGCAAUUGGAAUUAGUGAACCUGAAGGCCAAACAUGAGAUCGAUGCUGCCGUGAUGGCCAAAGAGCGUGAAGAUCUACGUGCCCGACUUCAGGAAUUGCGGGACCAGCUAGAGGAGAGUGAGGAGAACUGGAAGAUCCAGGUGGAAGCCAAGAGCAACCAGCAUUCUCUGGAGCUCAAAGAGGUCUCAGAGAAGCUUCAAAAGGCAGAGCUGAGGAUCUGUGAGUUGGAUAAGUCCCAUGAAGAGCAGGAAAAGGCCACCCAACUUCUCAAAGAGCAGCUAGAGCUGGCUGAGAAGAAGAUGGUCGAUUAUGAGGCCCUGCAGAAGGCUGAAGCUCAGAGCCGAGCAGAGAUCCUCUCUCUGCAGGAGAAGCUGAGAGUCAGCGAGAACCGACUCCAAGCUGUAAAGGCGGAUCACACCACCCAGGAUGUUAAUAUGAUCGAAAAUAAUGACAACUCUGAAGAGAAGAUUAAACUAAAACAGAAUAUGGAAGAAACUCUGGAGAAACUCACAAAAAGGGAAAAAGAAGUAUCCACUCUAGCAACCCAAGUAGAUGCCCUGAAGACCCAAAUAACUGCCUUGGAGGAAAAGGUUCGUUUGGGAGAGAAGGCGGCAGAUAGACUCGUUACGGAAAAGACACGCUUGGAGGCAGAGCUGGACUCCAUGACCAAGAAAUCCCAUGAUGCAUCAGGCCAGCUGGUGGUUAUUAGCCAGGAGCUUCUGAAGAAAGAGAGGAGCCUGAAUGAGCUUCGGGUGUUAUUGCUGGAAUCUCCGCGUCACUCGGCGGGAGUGGAUUGGGAACUCAGCCGUGAAGUCCACAGGGCCGAGUGGAGGAUGAAGGAGCAGAAACUACAGGAUGACAUCAAAACCCUCCGAGAUAAACUUUUGCUGCUGGGUCGGGAGAGGUCGUCUCCAGACCAUCGUCGAUACUCGAUGAUGGACCCAUCUGCUUCAGACACAGAGGUGGCCCAUCUGCGUCAAAGGCUGCUGAGCACAGAAGAUGCCCUGAGGAACGCUCUGGAACACAACCAACACGUGGACCAGCUAGUGCAGGCCAUGCGCACCCGUCCGGACAAGAACCAGGCACAUGCUGGUGCAAAUUCUGCAAACGGAAUCCAUCAAGCAGACACUUCCUUCACACAGGGGGAAGAACACUGAGGAGGGCUAAAACAGUUCUCAGGUGUUUAGGGAAGAAUGGAAGUGUAUUGGGAAAAGAUGAAGCCAAUUUGAUGCCUAGACGUUUGGACUAAUGCUUCACUGGACAUCUCAUCUUCUGUUUACAGUUAACACCAAAACAAUGACUUUAUAGAGGAACAAACAGAAACCACAAAUCGAAGAGUAUCUAAAAUGAUCUGAGAUGCUAUAAAAAGACAUAACGGAAGUGGUUUUUAAGGUCAGUGGUACAACACGGACAAACUGACACACCGACCCUGUUGACUACCUCCGAGAUGGACAGUGAUGUCUGACUUAACAAAUGAGAGAAUGUUGGUCAGGAUACUUGAAUCCUCGGAAAAACCAAUACCCUGCUAUACUCUCAGUUGGCUGUAACAGUUUAGAAAACAUUUUUGGCCUCAAUUUAUACUGUUUAAUUUAUUUGCCAUUUAUGCUUUUUAAAAAUGGUAUAUUCAAAGAGAUAAACUGGCCGACUCCCAGCAAAAGGUUUGAAGGUCUUGGGCUGGUCACUGGUCACUAGAUACUGUAGCAAACAAGUAAAUAAAACAGACAGGCUCCGUUAUUCCAUACCUGCUCAUUUCUGUGUUGAUUUUUGUUUUUUUGAGACAUGAAUUUUGAAGUAUGAAUUAUACAGUAUUCAGCAACCAUGUUCAGCAGAAUUAGCAAGUUAAGAUGCACCGUGAAGCUUCAAGAACCAGUAUUGCAGUUUCAGUCAAUAUUAGUGCAUACCUUUUUAAUAUUAUAAAAUAUUAGCAUACAAUGGCAACUCCCAACCUGUAGUUCAAUUCAAAUGAACAUUGAACCAACAGCUUUUGUUUCUUGUUUUGAAUCAUUUGCUUAGUCAUUUCAUUCUUUUAAAUCAGUUGGAGGUGAGAAUUGGAGAAUCUUUUCUUGAUGGGCUUAAGAGGAGGUAUUACACGCACAAGUGACAGGAAUUGAACAAUUUUGAGACUCUAUGAACUAUUUUGCAUUGAAAUGACAUUUUGAUCAUAUAGCAAAUGUUUUACCAUUUUGCUCAAAUGAUAUUGCUGGAUUUUCAUUAGCAUUUAAUUUUAUCUUUAGAAAAGUGUGAAAAGCAUGUUAAUUAACAUGCACACAUCAUUGUAUUUAAUGCAGUAAAAAAAAUAGCAUAUUUAACAUUUUUGUCAUAUGCAAGGAUCACGUGUAGUACCUCCCCUUAAAAGAUCAAAGAAGACUGUUUAGCAUUUUCUCUCUGAUCCGAUUUCUCUGUCUGUCCAGAUCUUUGUAGUAACAAAUCUGAUGUUAAAACAGAAACGGUACCAAACAUAACUGCAAUCCCAUAAAUCAGUGUCUGCUCAAUGGUAUUCCGGAAUUUACUCUCUCCUUUGAAAAACCAUGUGGAUGAAAUACUGUGCAAUUAGGUCACGUUUGUUCUUUAAGCAACUUUAUACUGAUGUGAUUGCCAUUAGAACCAAGAAAGCAUUUGUUUUCAAAAAGAAUAGGGAAAAUGAUAGGGCUGGCCCCAAGUUUUGCAGUUGAAAUUUCUUUAGCUUGCAGCUGGAUUCGAUAAAAAUGCCUUUUAUCUGUUGGGAAACAGUUCACUCACCACUUGCUGUAAUGGUUCCCAAGAAUCGGUUAUUAAAAAUUAACA